GUAGUAAAUAUCCAAUGAUAAAAAAUUCAUCGGAAUAAACCACCAAUGCUGCAAAUUGUCUCUCAUCUUACUCCCCAAUGGAAGAUAUGAGAGAUUCAACAGCAGUGCCACAAAUUGUGAAGAUUGUGAGGAUGGUUGUUAAGUUUCAUCCGUUGUUAACAAUAACCAGUCUAAUCUUUAAGGUAGCAUUUCUGCAGGAUUGGAUUGAAGAGGAGGUGAGCAAUCAAUGGAAAAUUCUAAAGGUUUAUUGUCAAUCAAUAAUGACAGCACUGCUGGAUCCAGUUAUUGAGAAGAUGAAGAAUCUAUCCGAAGCCCUCCAGAUGUAUUUCAACAACGAAGUAGCAAAGGGUCAACUAAAGGCCACGUUGGUAGGUAAACUUGCCUUGUUCUCUGCCACAUUUCUUCUGCUUGAUACAGAGUUGGGUUCAAAAUAUGAUGAAAAAGGAGUUAAAACGCAGUUAUUGUUGCUUGCUGGCGUCCAUAUUCUAGAUAAUCCGAAGCUUUGGAGGGAACUUCGAAUUCUCCGUGGAAGUUGCGACUGCACUACAAAUUCAACAUCAAACUUCACUUUCUUUAUUCUAGCUCUUCUUUUUGCACGAUUUUGUGUUAAUUCUUUAAGGAGCCUCAGUUCUAUGUUGUGCAUCGCAGUUUAUUUUCUAUGUGUACUUGUGGUAGUACGACCCCGGACAGACUUUGGGUUUUUUAAUUUCAUCAUUGGAGUCAUUGGAUCCAUUACUUACAAUCUUUACAAGUUGAAGUUUCCAACAUGGAUUAUUGCCUCCACCUGUUUUGUGUUGCUCAGUUCCAAGAGUUGGAUGGAUAAAUAUUGGUUGAACCUGGAAGAAGAUCCCUCUACAAAUACCAUAGCUGGAAGCACCAGUGUGUUUGUGAUUUUUACAUCGAUUGUUGUACGUCCUGCACUUGCCAUCUUCACGUGUUCUGUGGUCAAAUCUCCUAUGUCCGAUUAUAAAAGCUGGUUAAUUAAGCUAAUCAGUGUUGUGAUUUGGUUUGCUCGGUUCUAUAAGUUCUAUCCCAAUCCCAAUAGCUCACUGCCCUCUACAAAUAACAAAGGAAUCAGUGGUUUGAUUUUGAUAGUUGUAAAUGUUGCACAAGGGAUUUUCGCAUAUGUUGUUCUCACAUGUCCCCUGGCCGAUUACAAAGAUUGGUCAUUUGCAGUAAUCAGUUAUGUUGUUUUUUGUUUUUGGAUACGAAGCUUUUUUCCCAAAGAUCUUUUACCUUCAUCUACAAAUACCAAAGGAAUCACAGGCAUGAUUUGGUCUUUGCUGUCUGUCACCAAAUAUGGAAUUGAGGUGUUGGCUGGUUUAGAACCUCGUGUGCACUACAGAGAAUGGGUAAUUGCAGUAACCUGUUAUGUGCUUUGGUGGGUUCAAUUACGUACGCCCUUUCUCAAAGAUCCAUUACAAUCCACCACAGUUGAGUUUAAAUUUUUGCCAUGGUGGACAAUGGCGGUAUUUAGCAUGAUUCAAGAUGUCGUACCUUGGAUUCAAGGUGGUAUUUAGCAUGUUAAGUAGUAAGUGCAUGGGUUAAUUAAAAAAAAUGUACUUAGAUAUAUGGAAAUUUUGUAUUAGUUCCUAUGUCAUUCUCUUUUUCAAGUACUUGUUUAUUAUAUCUUGCAUCCUUAUUAAAAUCUAUUGAUCAUAUGUAAUGUUGCAAUCAUUUGUGUUUUUGUCAGUUUGAAUUUAUUGCAACUAGGCUUUUGUUAUAUAGAUAUCAAAUGGCAACCCUUUAUCUUAUUUUAAAAUCAAUGGUUUUUUACCAU